AUGUCUCAGCUCGCUCAAUACAAGAAGGACUUCCUCAAGUCUUGCCACGACGGCGGCAUUCUCAAGUUUGGUAGCUUUGAGCUCAAAUCCAAGAGAAUUUCCCCCUAUUUCUUCAACGCCGGCGAUUUCCAUACCGCUCGCCUCGCUGGUGCCAUUGCCAAGGCCUUUGCCAUCACCAUUCUCGAGGCCCAGAAGAACGGACUCGAUUUUGACAUUGUCUUUGGCCCCGCAUACAAGGGAAUUCCUCUUGCCACCGCCGUCACCAUCAAGAUCGGCGAGCUCGAGGACGCCAAUCUGGACAAGAUCUCUUACUCGUUCGACCGCAAGGAGGCCAAGGACCACGGCGAGGGCGGCAACAUUGUGGGUGCCGCGCUCAAGGGCAAGCGCGUCCUGAUUGUCGAUGAUGUCGUCACUGCCGGAACUGCCAAGAGGGAGGCUAUCGAGAAGAUCAGAAAGGAGGGUGGUAUCGUUGCUGGUAUUGUCGUUGCCCUGGACCGCAUGGAGAAGCUUCCCGCCACCGACGGCGACGACUCCAAGCCUGGCCCUAGCGCCAUUGGUGAGAUGAAGAAGGAGUACGGCAUCCCCAUCUUCUCUAUUGUGACACUUGACGACGUCAUCGACGGCGUGCGUGGCCUCGUCUCUGAUGAGGAUAUCAAGAAGACCGAGGAGUACCGCGCCAAGUACAAGGCCAGCGACUAA